AUGGCGCCUACCGCCCCUUCCAGUCCACAGGACAUGAGCGAAUGUGAUGAUGAAGAUAAUACUCCUUUAGGUAAUAUUUUUUAUUCAAAGGACAAACAGAAGAGAGUGAUGAAGUGGAAUAAGUGUCCUCUUGAUCCAUCUAACAUUCGUAAAAGGGCAUCAAACAUUGUGUUGCGAUUGCCCGGGCCUAGAGGUGAGGCUCGGAACACUAAAACUGAGAUUGAUUGUUUUAAUUUAUAUUUUGAUGAUGAUGUUAUAGAAAUGAUAGUAAAUGGAACUAACAUUUACAUUUCAGGUAUAAAAGACCAAUUUGAGCGUGAAAGAGAUGCAAGACCAACAGAUAAGACUGAAAUUCGUGCUUUUAUAGGAAUUCUCUCUGGUUGUUUGGGCAGUGGAAGGAAACACACAAAGCAUAUUUGGGACAAUAAUCGUGGAAGUGGCGUAGAAUCGUGUUACUUGACAAUGAGUGAAAAUCGUUUUCAUUUUCUAAUGAGGUGUAUGCGAUUCGAUGAUAUUCGAGAUCGUCCACAAAGAAAAGCUGUAGAUAAUCUAGCACAUAUUAGAUCGUUUUUUGAGCUGAUUGUGCAGAAAUUUAAGACGUUCUUCACACCCAGUGAGUAUUGCACUGUUGACGAACAUUUGUUGAAGUUUAGAGGCAACUGCCAAUUCAAGAUUUACAUUCCAAGUAAACCAGGAAAAUAUGGGAUCAAGGUUUUUGCCUUAGUUUGUGCAAAAACUAUGUAUGUGUAUAAUUUAGAAGUUUAUGUGGCUAAGCAGCCUCCAGGACCUUUCAAUGUGUCACAGUCUGCAGAGGACGUAACAAUUCGAAUUUGUGAGCUAAUUGCAGGAACAAAUCGGAAUAUUACAAUGGAUAACUGGUUUACUUCAAUACCUUUGGCUGAAAAAUUAUUUGAAGAAAAACAGUUGACUAUUGUUGGUACGAUGAGGUCUAACAGAAUUGGCAUACCCGAAGAUCUUAAGGCAAAUAAAAACCGAGAAUUGUAUUCCUCAAUAUUUGCACACCACAAAAAAAAGACUCUUGUAUCUUAUUGCCCGAAGAAAAAUAAGGCAGUCGUCCUACUCUCGACAAUGCACAGUGACCAAACCAUUGAUCUAGACAGUGGGGAGUUGAAAAAGCCAGAAAUAGUUACAUUCUACAAUCGUACAAAAGUUGGAGUCGAUGUGGUUGACCAAAUGUGUGUGACCAAGUAUGAUGAAUCAAAAAACACCAAGCGCUGGCCUAUGGUAAUAUUUUUUGGGCUUGUGAAUAAUGCAGCAAUAAAUGCUUCACGCAUCUACAAGUUCAACAAUAUGGACACUUCAGUGCCUAGACGGGAAUUUCUAGACCAUCUUGCUUGGGAACUUAUUCAUCCCCAGAUCAGAAAACGCCUGGAAUCCUCAGUGUUACCCACUGAAAUGAAAAUUCGAGCUAGGCGAAUUUUGGGAAUAGAAGAACCUAGACGUCAACCUAUCCCACAAGACAACAGAGUAGGCCGUUGCUAUUUAUGUGGCAGAGCACGUGAUAAAUCUACACGGAAAUGCUGUGACAAAUGUGGCUACAAGAUUUGCCCUGACCACUCUUCGCUUGUAUGUCAUUCCUGUCUCAACAGUGAAUGA